AAAAAGAGUUUUUUUGUUUGAUUUUUCCAGAAAUAUGUGGAGAAGGCUGUUGACUUCACAGCUCAAAACCCUAGCAACUGCUCCAUGCCGAUCGGCUCCCAGAAUGGCGCCGUUUUUAUCCAAAUCCAACGUUUCAUCGUCAUCGCCUUCCGUUUAUCUCCUCACUCGCCACUUCUCCGCCGCGUCAGCUGAAAGUGUUGUGAAGAAGGUUGAGGAUGUAAUGCCUAUCGCCACCGGUCAUGAACGCGAGGAGCUUGAGGCUGAGCUUGAGGGAAAGAAAAUUCUUCAAGAUGUAAACAACCCUGUUGGCCCUUUUGGGACAAAGGAAGCUCCUGCUGUUGUCAAGUCUUACUACAACAAGAGAAUAGUUGGAUGCCCAGGUGGUGAAGGCGAAGACGAGCAUGAUGUUGUCUGGUUUUGGCUGGAGAAAGGCAAGCCACAUGAAUGCCCUGUUUGCUCACAGUAUUUUGUGCUGGAAGUCGUGGGUCCUGGAGGACCUCCAGAUGGACACGGUGAUGAGGAUCAUCAUCAUUAAUCGCAGUUUUCAGUUUUUUCCCUCUAUUGGAAUAAUAUUCAGAGAGGACGGAAGGAAGUUCUGUAUACCAUGCGUUGCACCUUCAAAUGUUUGAAAACCUGUGAUGUUUGGUUUCUGAUUGGCCCUUGGUCUUGUUUCAGGUGGUAUUUUAGACACAGGGUGGACAUCUUUUUGAACUAUGAAUCUUGUUAGGUUUAACUUCAUUGCCAAAUAAUCGAUGGCGACCGUCCCCAUUAUUUCAUUAAACAUACUCAAUUUUGAAGGAAUCUUACAGGUUUAAUGGCCUUCAA